AUCCAUUGCAGCAUGAAAUGCAUUAUACUAUCAAUUCAUUGGUCACAAUCCAUUGUAGCACGAAAUACAUUAUACUAUCAAUUUAUUGGUCACAAUACAUUAUGUCAUUAAAUUAUAUCCCAUUAGUAUUGCUCAUUGGUUUUGAAGACAGUGAAGAACAAUUAUCAUGUUGCAGGACGAAUGCCACACAGGCACAAGUCAUCACCAAGGAAGAGGCCAGGAGAAGAUGAUAUUAUAGAUCUGUGUUUCUUCGACAAAGCCACCAGUGUAUCGUUUCUGGCAAAGUCCGAGACGGCGGCUUCGACAUUGUGGAGCAGCAAAGCCAUGAUUGAGAGUGUAGAAGAAGUGUGUAGGGACAUCGCGUGGGGAGAAAAGAGAGAGGUUGGGAGAAUAGGGUUGGUGAUGCAAGAUCAUAUUUGCAGGGACUUGAUUGAAGACAUUGUUACAGAGCUGAGAUGUUGUUGCAUCUAUUCACUUCCCUUUGAGGCAUGUAAGAGAAGAUUGUUGUUCUAGUAUGUCCGUGGAUAAAUUAUUUAUUUGGCUCCUUAACUAUACUACAAUUUCCAGUUUAACACUCAAACUAUAUCUUUUAAUCAAG